AUGGGUCUCCUUCCCGCCGUCGGAUUUCCUUCGCCGGCGAUACCACAACGAUUACCGUUUGUCACCCGCGAAAAUCAAGCCAAUCCAAAGAUACAGAAACUUAAUCAAUCUACCUCCGAAACCACUGUUUCAUGGACUUCACGCAUCACUCUCCUCUCACGGAAUGGUCGAUUAGCCGAUGCAGCGAAGGAAUUCUCUGAUAUGAGACUCGCCGGCGUCGAGCCUAACCACAUUACUUUCAUCGCUCUACUAUCUGGGUGUGGCGAUUUUCCCUCCGGAAGUGAAGCCUUGGGAGAUUUGCUUCAUGGGUAUGCUUGUAAACUUGGUCUCGAUAGAAACCAUGUCAUGGUUGGCACCGCAAUUCUCGGCAUGUACUCCAAACGCGGCCGUUUUCGGAAGGCUAGACUAGUUUUCGAUUACAUGGAAGACAAAAAUUCGGUUACUUGGAAUACAAUGAUCGAUGGGUACAUGAGGAAUGGUCAAGUCUAUGACGCUGUUAAGAUGUUCGACGAAAUGCCUGACCGAGACUUGAUUUCUUGGACAGCUAUGAUGAAUGGGUUUGUGAAGAAAGGUUUUCACGAGGAAGCUUUGGCAUGGUUCCGUGAGAUGCAGAUCUCUGGAGUAGAACCAGAUUACGUUGCCAUUAUUGCUGCUCUUGCCGCUUGCACAAACCUUGGUGCUCUCUCGUUCGGAUUAUGGGUACAUCGCUAUGUCAUGAGUCAUGAUUUCAAGAACAAUGUGAGAGUGAGUAAUUCACUGAUUGAUCUGUAUUGUCGAUGCGGGUGUGUCGAGUUUGCUCGACAAGUUUUUGACAAAAUGGAGAAACGGACCGUAGUUUCAUGGAACUCAGUUAUCGUUGGUUUCGCUGCUAAUGGGAAUGCAGAUGAAUCUCUGGUCUACUUCAGAAAAAUGCAAGAAGAAGGGUUUAAGCCUGAUGCGGUCACUUUCACCGGGGCGUUAACAGCUUGUAGCCAUGUAGGUCUAGUUGAAGAAGGUCUUCGAUAUUUCCAGACUAUGAAAAGGGAUUACAGAAUCUCACCUCGAAUUGAACAUUAUGGAUGCUUAGUGGAUUUGUAUAGUCGAGCUGGGAGAUUGGAAGAUGCUUUGAAGGUGGUACAGAGUAUGCCGAUGAAGCCAAAUGAAGUUGUGAUUGGCUCCUUGCUGGCAGCCUGCAGGACUAAUGGGAACAAUGCCGAGUUAGCAGAGAGGAUGAUGAAGCAUCUUAGUGAGCUUAACGUGAAAAGCCAUUCAAAUUAUGUGAUUCUCUCGAACAUGUACGCGGCUGAUGGAAAAUGGGAAGGAGCAAGUAAGAUGAGAGGGGAGAUGAAGGGUCUUGGCCUAAAGAAGCAGCCUGGGUUUAGUUCAAUAGAGAUUGAUGAUUGCAAGCAUGUGUUCAUGGCCGGUGACAGUGCCCAUGUCGAGACAGCUUCAAUCCGUGAGGUCCUCAAGCUAUUACAAGGGUGUGUGGUUGAAACCCCUGCUGGUGAUCUCCUCGAUGGUUGAAAUCCAGGGACUUUCACAUCCCUAAUUUUGUUCUAGUCAGAACUGGCGAAAAGGAGAGUGUGUGGUGAUUAUAGAGAGGGCUACGAUGAGACUGAAAAGUAUUUGUCCGUUGCUUUAAGUAAGUUUGAACAUUGGUAAGGAACCAGAAGGGUCUCUCAGAAAAAAGUCCAACAAAUUAGAAAUAGCACUGUAAAAGGUAAUAUCUAGUCUUUCCCAUGAGUAAAAGAUCUAGAGGCAGAGAAUGAACCCAAAGUGAAUGGAGACUAGACAUUGAAAGUUCAGGAAGGAUGACAAGCUUCUUGCAGCAUACUUUCGCUAAGCUAUGGGUAAUGAUAAGAGCUUCAGACAUAUUUCUAACAUUUUUUUAUUUAAUGAUGACAAUGAUAUUAAUAAUGUGGGAUAAAAAUCUCUCACAAUUACAUGUAAAUCUCAAUGUGA